UGACAGCGCACUUUUUUUUUUUUUUUGCACUGAUGUGGAUUAUUAUAUUAUAUUCCUGAAUCCCGAGUUUAUAAUAAUAUAAAUGGCAGGCGUUGAAGCUCGUAAAGUUAUUAUUUAUGGAGGUAAAGGAGCUCUGGGCUCUAAAUGUGUUGAGUAUUUCAGAUCUAAAGACUGGUGGGUUGCCUGCAUUGACCUGCAUGCAAAUGAGGAGGCCAACUCCAGCAUUACUGUACAGAUGACAGACUCCUUCCAUGAGCAAGCUCACAAAGUUACAGCUGAUGUAGGAGAGCUGCUGGGUGAUAAAAAGGUCGAUGCCAUUUUGUGUGUGGCUGGAGGCUGGGCAGGAGGAAGUGCGAAGGCCAAAACCUUGUAUAAGAACUCUGACUUGAUGUGGAAGCAGAGUGUGUGGACUUCCACCAUCUCCAGUCACCUAGCAACCAAACACUUGAAAGAGGGCGGCCUUCUUACACUGACCGGAGCUAAAGCGGCACUUGGGCCGACCCCAGGAAUGAUUGGCUACGGCAUGGCUAAGGCUGCAGUACAUCAGCUGUGUCAGAGUCUAGGUGGCGACAAGAGUGGUCUUCCUGCUGGAGCUGCCGCCGUAGCCAUCCUGCCAGUUACCUUGGAUACCCCGAUGAAUAGGCAAUUCAUGCCAGAUGCUGACAUCACUUCCUGGACACCACUGGAGUAUGUAGCUGAGUUGUUGCACAAGUGGGCAAUGGGAGAAGAAAGACCACCAUCAGGCACUCUGGUGCAGCUUGUUACCACAAACGGCAAAACAGAGACAACACCUGUUUAACUGUUUAACCAUGUGUGUGUGUGUGUGUGUGUGUGUGUGUGUGUGUGUUUGAAAUGUCUGUGUAAAGUCUCUGUAAUCUUGAUCAUGGUGAGAAUCUACAAGUAAAGAAAAAAAUAAAGGACAAUUAUACAACCAUCUUCAGCUUACUACACCAAUGUUUAGUCCACUACACUCACAUUUAUAGAGAAAAAUAGAAAAAGGCAAUUUGCAGGUUUUACAAAUUCUGUCAUUCAAAAAUAAGUGUAUUUUUGGUAUGUAUGAAAAUGUGUUGCUAUACUGUUUACCACGAGACAUUUGUAUGUCUCAAAAGGGCAGAAUAUCUGUCGUGUAAUAAAAAAGGUACUUUGUUUUGUAGUAGUCUUGUUAAUGAUCUAAAUAAAGAUAACAACAUUAUCCUAUCCUAAAUAUUCCCAGCUCUCACUCCCCAGCUAAAACCCAUCAUGUGCUGUGAUGUUUCUCCUUUUGAACACUGGAGGGCAGCAUUGAGUCACACUCUGUUGUUUCCAUCUCUACAAGUGAUUAAUGCUUCCAACAGCUUUUACUGCAUUUUACCUGUAGUUGUACACUUUAAUUAAAAAUAAAGAUUACACCCAAUUGUAUAUUAUUAAAAUA